AUGCCCUCGCCCUCGCUAUCGCCAACACCCAUAUCGACUUCUCAUCAUCGUCGCUCCUGCUCCCCUCCAGCUUGCCACAUUGAUGGAGACCCUGACAUCGUACUCUCGGGCGCCCCGGCCUUGGUAUCCUGGCCUGGAUCUGACGGCACAACACAAUAUAUUGCGAAGAAGUUGAACGGCGUCGACCAGGUGCCGGUGCCCUGCUGUCUGAAAUGUGAUGUUCGCUGCUCAAGCGCCUCGCGGACCGCACUAUUCAAGUUGAACAUCCGCGUGCUACUGAGGGCACAACAUCACAGUUCCAAGAAUACGGCGAACCUGUUUAUCGUGAUCAAGACCGAACAAGUUAACGCCCUCAAUAUUCACACAAAUAACGAGCAUGUCCCCGGCACUGUCAGCAAGCUUUUGUCACGCGAUGCGGUGUGCCUCAAGUUUGCGCUAAGCUCGCCCCCGACAAUCAUCGCCCCGCGGCAUCCCGACCCUUUGGUGCCGAAGAACGAGCAGGCUGCGCGUGUCCUUAGCUCGCUGCAAAUCCUUGCCCAACAGACCGACGUUGCCGUCUUCCUCUCGCACCGCGCCCUCUCGAGGUCAGCACUUGAAUCCCUCUGCGCUGCCACAAGCAACCCUGCCUUGGCACAUCUGGACCAGUAUUUCAGCAUCUCCAGCUUGUACGGCGGCAAGGGCGGCAGGACACUUUAUCCCUUUGUCACCAUUCCGAGUGAGCCCGAGCACGAGGUUGAUGCUGGGCCUGCGUCCCCUGUCGUGGAGAGUCCGCCUUCCUACGAUGAGCUAGGCCCCGGACCCCCAUCUCUCGUGAAAGAGGCGAACUCCGGGUCUGCCCAUUUCUCAUCUUCGCAGAAGCGGCCGCGCCCGCGGAGCAGGAAUAGUAGCAUCGGCGUACAAGCUAAGCGCCGCACGCAACAUCCAGCUGCUACUGGUGAUAGUGGUGAGAAUUGCAGGAAUAUAUCUAUGGGAUUUGAUUCUAAGGAGGUUGACCAUAGCAAAGUGUCCAAGAUAGCAGGGGAGGUGCAGCACCAGUUGGAAGACAUGGAAAGGCGGCUGGCGGAUCGCCUAGAGUCCUUCUUAACUGACCUAUUUGAGAGGCACAAGGAUAAUGUUGUCAACCUAGUCGAACAACGGCUAGAAAAACACCGGGAAUCACUAGAAAAGCGGCUAGAAGAGCACGACGAAGAAAUACAGAGGAACCUAGCCCAAACCAGAGACGAGAUCGAGGUUGACGUAGAGGAGCAGCUGCUCGACAGGAAGUGCGAGCUGGACCAAAUGGUCAAGGAUGAGCGCGAGGGCCUCGAGGAAGACCUCCGGGAGCGGCUCGAGGGUGGGCUGGCCGACGUUGAGCACGCCAUUAUACAGCAUCUAAGCACGGCCAGGGCUGUUUUGCAUUUCGAAUAA